AUGCCCACCCUCACCAUCGCCGUCGCCCAAUCCCGCACGCUCUUCACAACCCAAGAGACCCUUGCCGCCCUCACUCGCACCACUCACCUUGCCGCCCGCCUCGGCGUUCACCUCCUCCUUUUCCCAGAAGCCUACCUCGGCGGGUACCCACGCACCUGCAACUUCGGCUCGGCCGUUGGCAGCCGCGCUCCAGCCGGUCGGGACCAAUUCCUGGAGCACUUCAAGGAUGCAGUAGACCUUGGUGAUACGCCAGAUGGCGCCGGGGACGACUGGAUCCAGCGGCGGCUGGACGUUGCAGUGGGGAAGGCGCGACGUGGAGAUGGCACGCGCGAGGCGCUGGAGGCGGCGGCGAGAGAGUCUGGGGUAUUUAUUGUGACGGGGUGUGUGGAGAGGGCUGGGGGGAGUCUGUAUUGUGUGGUGUUGUUUGUAGACCCGGUGAGGGGGGUGAUUGGGAAGAGAAGGAAGGUGAUGCCGACCGGUGCCGAACGUCUUAUCUGGGCUCAAGGCUCCCCCUCUACCCUGCGCGCUGUCACAACCACCCUCAACGGCAUUCCUCUCACCCUCGGCGCCGCCAUCUGCUGGGAGAACUACAUGCCCCUCCUGCGCCACAGCCUCUACGCCCAAAAUGUGAGCAUCUACCUCGCCCCGACCGCCGAUGCCCGCGACACCUGGCUGCCGCUCAUGCGCACCGUCGCCACCGAGGGCCGCUGCUUCGUCUUGUCCGCUAACCAGUGCGUGCGGCAGCCCGAGCUGCCUGCUUGGAUCUGCGGCCGGCGCGAACAAGAUCAAUCUGCGCUAGUUGAUGAUACUACCGGCCCACAUCUGGAUGCAAAGGCGGCUCAGACGCAGAAUCUUGCGCAUAACGCCGGCCGCAAGUGCUCCGUGACGGCGGAGGGCCCGCACGAGAUCGUGUGGCCGCAGGUGCAUGCGCAAACCGGCAGAGGGAAGGAGUCGGACGAGAGGGUCGAGACCGAGGCCGAGUACGUGUGUCGCGGGGGCAGCUGUAUCAUCUCGCCGUUUGGGGACGUACUUGCGGGUCCAUUGUGGGAGGUCUGCACGGACGAUGUGGCAGAUAGCGAAGAAGUAGGGCCGGAUGGGAUCGCGGUGGGAGAUGGGUUGGCAAUUGCGCGGGUUGAUGUGGAUGAUUGUGCGCGCGGACGCUUGGAUAUGGAUGUUGCGGGGAGUUACUCGCGGAAUGAUGCGUUCAAGCUGACGGUGGAAGGGCUCGAUUUGAGUCCGCCGCCGGUGUAA